AUGGGUUUGGGGAUUAUGGGUUUAAGGAUUGUAGGUUUGGGGAUUACGGGUUUGGGAGAGCGUCGAGGUUUUCAAAUUUUAGGGUUUGAGGGGAAUUACGGGUUCUUACUACGUCUCAAACUACCUUCUAUUAAUUUUAAUUACACCACCGCGUCCUUUGAUGUUAAUUUUAGUUCUCAUGGUGAAGAGGUCAGAGGUGAGCUUGAAUCAAGGCCUAAUGCUUUGCUGCAACAGGAGCAAACCUUCUGGAAGCAGCGCACAAAAGUGUUUUGCUUGUCGGAUGGGGAUAUGAAUACUAAGUUUUUUCAUCAGAGAGCUAGCAAUAGAAGAAAGAAGAAUCUCAUUAAGGGGCUUUAUGAUGCAUUUGGGAGGUGGUGCACUGAGGAUGGGGACUUGAAGCAAAUCGUGUUGAAUUAUUUUCGCACACUGUUUACCCGUCCCCCUCCAAUAUUCGAGCUAAAGGUGGUUAGUGUGUUGCCUCGAGUUAUUACAGCAGAUAUGAAUAUGCAGCUUACUAGGGAAAUUGGGGAGGAGGAGGUGUAUGCUGCUCUGAAACAGAUGCAUCCUUGUAAGUCUCCUGGCCUAGAUGGCUUCUCUCCCGAUUUUUAUCAGCAUUUUUGGCAUAUUGUGGGGAGAGAUGUGAUAGCUGCGGUGAGGAAUUUUAUGGGGGAUGAGUCUCUUCUCCGCCAACUCAAUCAUACGUGUGUCACUCUUAUUCCCAAAGUAAAAGCUCCUGAGUCUAUGUCACAGCUGCGUCCUAUUAGUUUGUGUAAUGUAUUGUAUAAAAUUGGUUCCAAAGUGCUUGCUAACUGUUUGAAGCCUUUACUCAAUGGUAUAAUAAGUCCAUUUCAGAGGGCAUUUGUGGCUGGACGUCUCAUUUCAGACAACUCUCUUGUUGCUAUUGAGAUAUCACAUUUUUUGAAGAAUAGGAGGAGUGGUAAAAAAGGAUUUGCAGCUCUUAAAUUGGACUUAAGCAAAGCUUAUGAUAGGGUUGAGUGCCCUUUCUUGGAGGCGAUUUUGGAGCAAUUAGGGUUUUGCCGUGUUUGGAUCAGGUGGAUUAUGGUUUGUGUCUCAACUGUUUCUUAUGAGUUUGUUGUUAAUGAGGAACCACGUGGGAGAGUGUUACCAGGAAGAGGUUUGAGACAAGGUGACUCUAUCUCACCUUAUCUCUUUCUCUUAUGCACGGAGGUCCGAUCCAAGCUGAUUUCAAGGGCUGAGGCACAAGAAGAUUUACACGGGAUCCAAAUCUGCAACGCUGCACCAUCACACUUGUGCAAUGAGUUGCAGAGGUUGAUGGAAAAAUUUUGGUGGGGCGACAAGGGUGAUGACAACAAGAUUCAUUGGGUUUCUUGGGACAAACUAUGUGUUCUGAAAUUAGAGGGGGGAUUAGGGUUUCGGGAUAUGCAUCUUUUCAACUUGUCGUUACUGGCUAAGCAGGGAUGGAGGCUAAUCCACAGGCCUAAGUCUCUUGUUGCACCACUAUUUAAAGCCAAAUAUCAUCCAAACGUUGAUUUCAUGGAUGCGGAGUUACAGUCAGGGGUGUCUUUUACGUGGAUAAGUACUGAAGAUUGGCUCGUGAAUGACUUAAUUGAUGCCGAAUUGCAUGAGUGGUUGGAGGAUGUGGUUGUUGAAAUGUUCUCUGAUAUGGAAGCAGAAAUUAUCACAAAAAUCCCUAUAAGCCUGCGUGCUCUGGAUGAUAGGCUCGUUUGGCAUUUUACUCCGAAGGGAAUAUUCACGGUGAAGAGUUGUUAUCAUGUUGCUAGGACAGCUUCCAGUUUACAUGGGAAUAGUAGGGCAUCCUCAUCUGCUGGCAACACCAGGGUCCCAACACGCCGGAAUCUUGUUAAGCAUGUUCCAUUGGUGGAUCUGCAGUGUGUAUUCUGUUAUAAGCAUAUGGAGGAUGAGUUGCACUUGUUCAAGAACUACAAGGAGGUGGCUCCCUUAUGGUUGAGCUGUCCAUUGGCAUUGCGUUCCCCUGAGCACCCAACUCAUUCAAUUGAUGAAUGGAUUAUGGCCAUGAUGGAUACUCUCAAGCCAAAGCAGAGGGACUUAUUCUUUGUACUAUCAUGGGCUAUUUGGAAUGAUCAUAACAAUAUUAUUUGGAAGGCUGGUGGAUUUAAUUCAUGGAGUAUGGUCUGUUGGUCUGUUCGUUGGUUGGAGGAGUACCAAUCGGUUCACAGUACUGCUCGUACCAAAGUGAGGAGGCCACGGGUUCAGUGGGGGUUCCCACCUAGUGGGAGGCUAAAAAUAAAUGUUGAUGGGGCUUUCCAAAGUGAUACAGGUAAGGGAGGCAUUGGUGUAGUGGCUCGUGAUGAGCUGGGAGUUUGUUUGGCUGCUUUGGCUUGA